CAAAUUAUGUCGGUAUCUCUCCGCAUAUUACAUAAUUCAAAAAACAUCAUAUUAUUUGAUUUCUGAAAUUAAAAAGAAAUAGCAUGAAAGUGCAAUGGCAGGACAUGGGAAAGACGAUGAUCCAAAAUUGAAAGGCAUUGCCCGCAUUUUUAAUAGUCAAACAAAUCGAGGCAGAGCCAACACAUCUAAAGCGACGAUGGGUCUUGUUGCUGGGCUAUUUAUAUACUACAAGUUUUUCAGAAGUACAGGGAAACCAAAUAAGAAGAAAAUUAUCAGAAUGGCCGGAGACGCUUCUGUCGAUGAAUCCCAGCUGAAGGGCUUGUCCAAAUAUUUCAACAGCCAGACAAACCGAGGCAGAGCUAACACCGCCAAGGCAACAUACGCAGUCAUGGGUGCCCUGAUCUUAUACUUCACUCUGAAACCCAAGGCAAAGAAGUAAUCCACAAUUGUUUGCAUAUUAUGAUUUGUGAUCAUUUUAGUACAUUUAUUUUCAUUAAGGGCAAGAUGUAAGUUAUAUAGUAAAAAAAUCAUG